UCUAAUUGAUCAAUUGAUCUUCAUCACGACAUUGCUAGGCAAUCGGUCCCUCUGUUCUCUUUACGUAUCUAUAACAGUAUCCAGAUUUGUUUUGAUUUUCUGUAUGAUGUCGUAAAGUGGUUGUGAGCUAGGAGUAUGAGCGAUUCAAUGAAUAAUUUAAGUGAUAAUAUCGCCGACAAUCAGCCGGAAUGGGUGCCGUUGUCAUUAACUCUUGUCGAAUACCCCCAAGGUGAUUGGCUGGGCAAAUGUUUGGCGAUGAUAAGCUUACUACCUUUUGCGAUUGGCUCUGGCUUUGUAACAUUGAUUUUAUUCCGCAAAGACCUACACACGAUUGUAUUUUUCUUUGGCACUCUACUUAACGAAGUACUAAACGUCGCCCUGAAGCAUGCAAUCUGUGAACCACGGCCGCUAUUGCGAAACGUCAACAAUUUGUACAAUGAAUAUGGAAUGCCCUCGUCUCAUUCCCAGUUUAUUUGGUUUUUUGCAUCUUACAUGGCUUACUUCAUUUUUCUCAGGUUACAUCUCCACUCGCGGAAUGACAGCAUAGACCCUUCAAAGGAGUAUAUAGGAAAGUCUGUUGUAGCACUUGGUUGUAUCGUACUAGCAUUGGUCGUGUCUUACAGUCGAAUCUACUUACAGUACCACACUUGGCGACAAGUAACUUACGGAGCCUUUACAGGCAUCUUUUUUGGCUCGUUCUGGUUUGGAAUCGUCCACAUUUUCCUCACUCCACUUUUUCCCAUUGUCGUCUCUUGGAAAAUAGCCGAGUUUUUGCUAAUCAGAGAUACUACGCUAAUCCCGAAUAUUCUAUGGUUUGAAUACACGAUCAUCCGGAAAGAAUCCCAAUUAAGGAGCAGGAAGCUGGCUUCGAUGAAGUCUCAAUGACAAAAUUUGUUUGAUCUUGUCAGUGUAUCUCAGUUUGUGCAAUAUUACCCAAAACUGCUGUGGAAAAGGUUGUAUUUAAGUCGAAAUGUGCAUUGAAGGUAUGUUCUAUUUGAAUAUUUUCAUCCAAAGAUCAUGUAAAUGUGGCUGACGAUAAUUUUUUUUAUUUUUCUCUUGACCUCUCAUCUUCCAAAAAUUUGAGUGGAAGUGUGUCCUUUUUUUACUUUUUUAUUUGUCGGCAAGACGCACUUCGAAACAAGUCAGCAAGCUAGAAAUCAGUCAAGUUGAAAGAUGUAAUCUGAGGCUUUAAAGUCAUGAAAAAUGUCUGGAUGUUGCUAAAGAAACUGGUUUCAUUGAUAUUGGCCCUUCGGAAUCAUUGUGCUUUUAGGAAUCUGAGCGUGAAUAAGCAAGAACCUCCUGCGGCAGAUUCAAAUUUCUUCAAAACUGUGCAUGCAAUUGGCAUGCAAGAUCAAUUGGAUCUUGUGUGCUUAUCAACAUUUACUUUAUGUUGGAAUUAAGAAUCUGUUCUAGAGCCUCUGAAGCUUUUGACGAAACAUGUUAUUCUCCUUAGCUUACUAUUUAACACAUUGAAAUGUAUAGUAUAACAUUUUUUAUGAAACUCACCAUGCCGUAUGCUUUAAUUUUUUGACUGCUUUUUUUACUUGUACUAUUAAUUGUGACAUUGUGCCAUUUUUAUGUCUUAAAAAACGAUGAAGAGUUCAGUCGUGGCUCUUGUGUGACUCCAAUUCCAGCAAUGAGUGAAUUUCAUGGUAGUGUGCUGCUUUCCUCGGCCUCCAUGCACCAAACACCCCUAAAAAUCGGGCUUUGGCGCUUAAAAAUCAGGGGGCUGGGCCACGGUGCUACCUAAAGAAGCUGACGUACCCUGUUGAUUUUUUCAAACUUGCAAUCGCAGAGCAGUGUCAGCUUAUGAAGUGUAUGCAAAACUUUAAUUUGGCUUCUAUUAAAUUGUAGAUGGCUCUUAAAAAUGUGGCCAAAGUGGCUCCUAAAAUUUCAGAGGAAUGGCAGGACACUGUUUGGUAGAAUUUAAAACUUUCAUUGCUAUUUUAGUAAUGAAUGUUAGCAUGUUAGCUAGCUAUCAUGCUAACUAGCUACAACAGCCAGCACACAUUUAGCCUGCCACUGAAAUGCACUCCUGGUAAUGUGACUAGAAUUAAGCAGGUUUUGCCUAAUGCUGAACCUCACCAAAGAUAACCCUUCUCUCCGACUGGACAGCACGUUAAGAGACCAAUUUUUGCAAUUAUUUAAUCGAAGGAGUGUUUGCGACUUAGCCAAAAGAGAGCUGUGCGAUUGGUCAUCACAUUACUUGAUUCUCGUGCCUUAAUCAGGAUGGAUAAUCAACUGGUUAUUUGUCCUGAUGGAGACACGAAGAAAGAUGAAGCGUCACAACUAAUUUAGUGUCACCUCUAUUUGGAUGUAUUUUUGCCAAAAGGAACUUUGCGCACAAACCUUGUGCACAUACUUCCUUUUAUGAAUACCUUCAUAUAAGCUUAGUCUCAUCAUGUCCCAUCAAUCGAGAAAAAAUGUCAGCAAUUGGCUUUCAGGGCUGAAAUAUUUGAGAACAUCAGGGAGAAAAGUUCCUUAAAAACGCCACAUUUUUCAUUCCCCCCCCCCCCCCCCCCC